CUUGUCCUCUAAAAGUAUAGAUUAGCUUUAAAAUGAACAAGGCUAUAGCUGAUACUCGCGAAUACAAUCUAGAACAAGAAAGUGAGCUUCGAUUUGAAGUUGAAUUCUCGUCAAAAGCAUCGGUCAAGCUUGUAAGCGGAACAGCCGAAAUCUUUGGAACUGAAUUGGCAACCGGCGUCACCUACCACUUCUUUGGAAGAAAAAUCGCGGUGUUUACCUGGCAUGGCUGCUGUCUCGAACUCACUGGCCAAUGCAGCGUUGAAUACACUGCGAACGAAACUCCCAUGAAUAGUUAUCUUAAUUUGCAUCUUGCACUUGAGCAGAUCCGAGAGAAUGCUGCUCAGCAAGGAGAACAAGGCCCCAGAGUACUUGUCCUCGGACCUCAUGACGUUGGAAAAACAUCCCUUUGCAAAAUAUUACUAAGCUAUGCACUGCGACAAGGACGACGGCCGCUACAUGUUUCACUUGACUGUUCUGAGGGAUCUAUAACCAUGCCAGGAACCAUGACAGCAACUUCAAUAAGUCAUAUUAUAGAUGUAGAGGAAGGAUUUGGGUCUACCGCCACCACAGCUGCAUCCAUGGGAUCAACUACCAUGCCACUUGCAUAUUAUUACGGAUAUCAAAAUCCAGCCGAAAACCUUCAAUUGUACAAACUAUUGACAUCUAAACUUGCACAAGGAGUCAAAGCUCGAAGUGCUAUAGACGAUGAAACUCGCCUUGGAGGUCAAAUCAUAGACACAACCGGUUUAAUAGACAAUGUCGGCUAUGAUAUCAUACAGCACGCUAUCGAACAAUUCUCGGUCAAUGUGGUUGUUGUACUAGGACAUGAACGAUUGUACAGUGAUAUGACGAGAAUUCUUCGGGACAAGCCAGAAAUAUCUGUCGUCAAAGUCGCCAAGUCAGGAGGGGUGGUGGAGCGAGAUCAGCAGUUCCGAACGCAAUUACAACGUAGCAAGAUACACGAGUAUUUCUACGGAACUUCCAAGUGCGAGCUGUCACCCUAUUCUACACUGACGAAUUUCGCGGAUGUAUCUAUAUGGAGAGUAGGAGAGAGCUCGCUAGCACCAACGUCAGCAUUGCCUAUUGGUAUGGAUCGCCAACUGAGCGAAACUCAAUUGGUUAAGAUUGACAACCCAGACAUAUUGUUACAUUCCGUUCUCGCUGUUCUAAACGCUGAUGAAUCAGACAAUGAAGCCAAUGCUUUAGAAAGCAACGUUGCUGGGUUCAUUUACGUGUCGGAUGUGGAUGAUGCAAAGCAAAAGCUGACCAUAUUAUCCCCAGCACCGGGACGGCUUUUGAAGCGGCAUUUGCUCAUGGGAUCAUUCAAAUGGAUAGAAUCAUGAUAGCGUUCGCGAAAUAAAUGACCAAAAAAAGCAGCAUUUUAUACAUUGAUGAGGAAAUAUGAGAAAAUUGGAGAAAGUGACAAGAAUUAAGUUGCACAAUGAAUAAAGGAGGAUGAAAAUGAAAGCGAAAACAUUUGUGGAGGGUAAUUUGAAUUUUGUAGUGUUGGUUGUCGAUAGCGAGCAAAAAGAUUUAGAAUCU